CCAUAUAUUAAAUGCCAUUUAUACCUCUUUAAGACCAAACCACAUAGCACUAUCCAUGCAUUUGUAUCCAAGGCCUCUAUAUAUAGGCUAUUUUUAAGUGCAUACUCUGUGGGAGAACAGGAGGGAAACCGCUGAGGCAAAUAGAUUGGUUUCCAAGUAGAGACAGAUCUUGAUUUAAGAAAGAAAAAUGGGUGAAGCUAAUGAAAUUGGCUCCACGCCUAUGACACCAAGACCGGCCUCCGUGACACCAACACCACCAAUAUCAGCUCCUCCCUCACAGUUUCACUCUCCCUCGCUUUCUCGAUCACCACUUCUUUCCUCAGCUGAUCACAUACAACCUGCGAACAAAACCCCAAAAAACUCGACCCCCAGGAUUCGAACCCCACGCUUUAUUACUCCUUUGGGAAGCCCAAUCAGGAGGGCUCUUCAGCUUACUAGGCUUGACCCUCACGAUGCUUGGCUUCCAAUCACUGAGUCAAGAAAUGGGAACGCCUACUACGCUGCGUUUCAUACUCUGUGUUCAGGAAUUGGAGUUCAGGCCCUUGUGCUCCCUGUCGCUUUCACAAUUCUUGGGUGGACUUGGGGAAUCAUAAACUUGACUGUUGCCUUCAUAUGGCAGCUUUACACCUUAUACUUACUGGUUCAACUUCAUGAAUCUACUGAAACUGGAAUGCGUUACAGCAGAUACCUGCAGCUUUGCAGCGCAACUUUUGGUGAGAAGUUAGGAAAGUGGCUGGCUCUGUUCCCCAUCAUGUACCUAUCAGGAGGAACAUGCGUGGCCUUGAUCAUCAUUGGAGGCUCAACUUCAAAGAUGUUCUUCGAUAUUGUAUGCGGUGGAACAUGCAACGCUCAACCACCAACCACCGUGGAGUGGUACUUGAUAUUCACUUCUGCUGCAGUUCUUCUAUCUCAGCUGCCUAACUUGAACUCAAUCGCCGGUGUGUCCCUCAUCGGUGCCAUCACAGCUAUUGGGUACUGCACCUUUAUAUGGGUUAUUUCAGUUGUUGAGGGAAGACUGCCAGGAGUAUCAUACAAUCCAGUCAAAGGAAGUACUGAUGUUAUUAGGAUUUUCGAUGUUCUCAAUGCACUGGGGAUCAUUGCUUUUGCUUUCAGAGGCCACAAUCUCAUACUUGAGAUUCAGGCAACCAUGCCCUCAGACGAGAAGCAUCCAUCGCGGGUGCCCAUGUGGAAAGGAGUCAAGGUUUCAUACACACUUGUUGCAUUGUGCUUAUUCCCUCUUGCAAUUGGAGGCUAUUGGGCAUAUGGUCAACUGAUACCAAAAGAGGGGGGCAUGCUGACAGCCUUGUAUGCAUUCCACGGCCAAGACACCUCCCAAUUCAUCCUAGGAUUAACAAGUUUAUUCGUCAUAAUUAAUGCCGUCAGCUCAUUCCAAAUCUAUGGCAUGCCAACGUUCGACGACAUGGAAUCCCAAUACGUUAGAAGGAUGAAGAAGCCAUUGCCAUGGUGGCUCCGAGCAAUUUUCCGGGCUAUGUUCGGGUAUGGAUGCUUCUUUGUGGCAGUGGCAAUCCCCUUCUUAGGAAGCUUGGCUGGUCUUAUUGGAGGCAUAGCAUUGCCUGUGACCUUAGCUUAUCCAUGCUUCAUGUGGCUUAAGAUUAAAAAACCCAAGGUUUUUGGCCCAUCAUGGUGGCUGAAUUGGAUGUUAGGUGUCAUCGGGAUGGCUCUUAGUGGGGUUUUGAUAGCGGCUGGAAUUUAUGUCAUCAUUGAUACCGGUGUUGAGGUCAGCUUCUUCAAGCCUCACUAAUUCACUACGUAAAUUAGCAUUGAGGGUGUGAUUAGGUCGACAAAUCAACUAUUGUGUUCGUUAUAUGUAAUGGUGAAAUUGGUUUUCCACCAAGGAAAGAAGUCAGGAAGCGUAUUUUGCUUCAAUUCCUUGUCCACAUCACUUGCUUUUUCCUUUUGUAAAACCAUCUUUUCUGGCCUGUAAAAUGUAAACUGUAAACUAUCAAAGAUAUGCAAAAGUUUUAGCCCAA